GGCGAUAAGCUUCUGUUUACAGAAAAGCAAAACUAUUUCACUCAGAGAAGAAGAAUGGUCACGUGACCUCUCUGUAAUUCACGUGUGGAUAGUUCACUAGCUUUAUGUUACGCUAGUUUUUAAAACAGAAAGUGCUGUCAGACAUCCAGGAGGACCAUGGCUUCCAGUUGCCGGCGUCCAGAGCACACAGCCCCUCCAGAUGUGUUCUACAAUGAAGAGGAGGCAAAGAAAUACUCUCAGAACUCACGAAUGAUAGAGAUUCAGACCCAGAUGUCGGAGAGAGCUGUGGAGCUCCUAAACCUGCCAGAAGGAGAGCCCUGUUACCUGUUAGACGUUGGGUGUGGAUCUGGCCUCAGUGGAGACUACCUGUCAGAGGAGGGGCACCACUGGGUCGGCCUCGACAUCAGCACUGCAAUGCUGGAUGUUGCGCUGGACAGAGAAGUUGAAGGCGACCUCCUGCUGGGGGACAUGGGCCAGGGGUUGCCUUUCCGAGCUGGCACCUUUGACGGUUGUGUCAGCAUUUCUGCUCUGCAGUGGCUCUGUAAUGCAGACAAAAGGUCCCACAGUCCACCCAAGAGGCUGCACACCUUCUUCAGUACGCUCUACUCCUCUCUGUCGAGAGGCUCUCGUGCCGUUUUUCAGCUCUACCCCGAGAACUCGGACCAGCUUGAGCUGAUCACAUCACAGGCUAUGAGGGCCGGAUUCAGUGGAGGCAUGGUGGUGGAUUACCCCAACAGCAGCAAGGCAAAAAAGUUCUUCCUGUGUUUGUUUGCUGGUGUUACAGGAGUUCUGCCUAAGGGACUGGGCUCAGAAACCUCAGACAGGACGGUUUCCAACCAGGUGCAGUAUUCAGGAAAAAGAUGCCGUUUUAAUAACCUGAAAGGGAAAUCGGUGAAAAAGGGACGCGAUUGGAUUUUGGAGAAGAAAGAGAGAAGGCGAAGACAAGGAAGGGAGGUUCGAGCUGACACAAAAUACACUGGACGUCAGCGAAGACCUCGCUUUUAGCUCUGACUCAUGCAGCUGAGCCGUCAUUUGCGCUGGUCUGCCCCCCCCCCCCCCCACAC